UAAACCUACGGAGUUGGACGCACAUAAUGCUACCGGUAACGGUCAUGUAAAUCAUAUUAGUUCUUAAUCUUCGACUUAGACGGAGAGGCAGUUGGGAUAUGUACUUACGGGAUUAUUAAUUUCUAAUUUCAGUGAGGUGUAUAGUUUUCAAACUGGCAUAGCGUAGAUUGGUGUACAUAUGCUACCAAGUCAACACGCUAGCUGUAGAGAGGGUUGCAUUUUACUCGCUUCAUCAACCUGACAGCUACACGGACGUGUGUGAUUUCACGGGGGUUGUUGAUUUCCUCGAGAGAAACAAACACUACUGCUCAAUUUCAUUAGUGUAGAUGCACGACAACGAAACGAUGUCGGACUCCGAUCGCGAUUUAGAAUCAAAUGAAAAUCUCUUAAAUGGGAAAAAGCCAAAUAAUUUAAAUCUGGCAAGAUCUUCAGGUGAAAAGUGUUACACUGACAUAAGAAUUGUUCAGGAUGAAUGUGCUCGUCUCAAGAAGUACCUUUAUGGAUUAUUUGUCGUAGUAGCUGCCGGGAUUCUAAUUUUGAUUGUAAUCAUGGCGGUGUUAUUUGUCAAGCUUAGCCACGAUGUAGCACAUCACACUCAUCAGCCGAAAGUUGGGGAGACUGUUUCAAAGAUUCUAGAACGAGAGGAGCUGUGUAUUCCUUGUGAUAAUGUUCGGCUGGGUCCCUCCGUCGAGGAGGACCGAAUGUUGAAUGAAUUUACUCGGAAACAUGAACCGGAGGGGGAGCAGUGUUGUGUUGAAACUCCCAAAGAAUUACUCGCCAUGUUGGAACUGUUUGUGGAGAAACGAAUACGCGAAGAAGUUGCUAAAGGUAACAUAAACCUGCCGAGAACCGAAGGCCAAAGCGGUACAGAAAAGACUCCCGCCGCUCACCUGAUGGGGUCCGUCAGCCGUCUGGACAAGUCAACAAUACCGGCUACCCAAUUUCAAAUUUCCUCCUGGAUUCACGACGCCGACCUCGCUUUCACCACAAACAACGUUGUGUACCGCAGUGGGAGACUCGUGGUGCCAUCUACCGGCCUGUAUUACGUUUACAGCCAAGUCUCGUUCCUGGAACUCUUCGAUGACGGGAAUUCCCGAGAUCAGGGAUCGCCAAACAGCCUCUCUCAUUACAUCUAUCGGUACAAUAUCAUCUACCCACACGGAGGAGAGGAGAAACUGAUUCAGAACUCAAUUACCAAGUGCAUUGGUCAGAACAAACAGUUCGGCGAGUAUACGAGCUAUCUCGGGGCGUUGUUCCAUUUGAGAACGAGUGAUGAAAUUUACGUGAAAGUCUCCAACUUAACUCUGAUAGUACGUGAACCCAAAUUGAAUUAUUUCGGUGUUUUCAAAGUGUCCUGAUCAGCCUGUUUCCGGUUUAAGUUAUUAGUUUCGUUUUGGUAUUUAAGGGAGAAGACAUCCUUUCGGAAUAUCGAUCAUCUUUAGUUACAAUUCUACCAAAGGAUUUGAAUAUUACAAUCAUUCGGAACACACGGAAUUAUACACUAGUGAAUGUUCAGAGAAGACAUAUGUGGAAAAAAAAAUCAAUAUUCUUAAUUGAUUCGAUCAAAUGGGAUGAAGUCGACUUUUACUCGAUGACUUCUAGUUAUUUUGAGAAUUUAUGGAAUAGUUAAUCCAGAACCUUUUGACACCAAGAUAAUCAAACCAAGCCAAAACUAUAUCAUCUUCCCGUGAAUUUACUAGUUUCCAUUAUCUGUUUCCUUAGUGAAGGAUUAAGAGAGACUAAAUUCGUUCACCAAUUCGUGUACACAUACAAUAUUGAUCAAUUUAAGUCCCUUAUUUUAAGUCACAAAUCUCAUGCAAAUCCUAGACGUGACGUGUAUUAUGACGUCAUAGGUCACAUACCACCUUAAAAAGGAUCCCGACAAGAUCCCAAUGUAUUUCAUUACAAAAGGAUGUCAUAUCAGAAUAAGGAUUAUUUCUUUCAUUUUACGAUAUUUUUAUUCCAUUAAUAUUGAACAGAUGUUUGGUCACGUUUUAAAACGAAAUCAAAAUUAUAAUUUAGAAGUAAAAACCGAUUUGCUAAAACCCCUAUCCCUGAAUACUCAUUCUUAUAUAUUCACGAAUUAUCUUUUCUUAAGACUCUACUCAUCAUUUGAGAAGUGAAAAAAAAAGGUUUAUAUGAUUAUUUAACAUGUAGAUGGUGCGAAUGACGUCAUUAAAUGACGUCAUUUUGUGACGAUCAUCUUAUAGGAGUCCAUUUGCACAUACAUAAAAAUACAAUAGAGCUUAUGUUGUGCUGGUUUACUCAUACCCAAAAUAAUUCGUUGGAUUUGUAAAUGUGUUUGAAUGGAAAUAUGACUGAAGAAUUGUAGUGCUAAUAUACUAUGUGACAAAUUAUAUAAAUAUCACGAAAAAAACAACAUUAUAAUAUUCCAUAAUUGUACUAUUGUUCAUUAUGUAAGGAUAAUUGCCAUUUAUUUGCUUUAUACACAUACAAAUGUAUAUUCAUUUUUUUUUUAUAAAUUUCUUCAAACUCUUCAUUUUUUCCAUUCACUUCCAUAUAAUAUGCUUAUAACAUCCCUUUGUCUACCACACUGCAUCUGCAGGCCUGUUCUUCAUUUGAUAUUUCUUGCCUUUUGAACAUUUAUUCAUAUAUUCAUUGACCAUAUACUGCAUCAGGUCGCGUGAUUUUGUGACGUCAUUAGAAUUUCGAUCACGUGUCCAACUCGGAAAUUUUGUUUUCAUUCUUCAUGCGGUGUUUUUGGUAACAAGCUUGAAAUACAAUUAUUAUUAGCUUGAUUAUGUGUUCGAGGAAAACAAUAUCGAGAUUUCCUAAUUCAGAACGUGGUGUGUUUGUGUACAAAUCCUUGGAAACUCACUAGGGAGUACAUCCCGAGAACACCAUUUUUACGGGGAGCAUAUUUCGUUGUUGUUUCGCAACAAUGCACAGGUGCUUGAAAACGCCCAAAAUAAUUUGAUUGCUGUAAUGAUUAAGAUUGACAACAGAGAGUUGAUUUUUUUUGUGCUGUAAUUUUUUUGUUUUUAUUUCAUUUGAAAGAUUAAGAAAGCGAUUUUUUUGAAAGAUUAAGAAAGUGAAGUAUAUGUAGAUGAUAGUAUAUCAUUGCAGAAUCAUAUCCAGUCUUAACACACACACAAAUAUAUAUAUAAUAUGUUCUUAUAUUAAAUAUGCUGUUGAUUAAAACUUAGUAGAAUAGUUCAGGUAACUUUAUAUUUUUUGUUUGUUUAAUCAAGGAUUGUUCCGAGUGUAUAAUCAUCAGGAUUUCAUUCAUCCCUUACAAACAUUCCAUUGUGAUGCUAAUUAGUGACGCUUACUUCCGAACAAUCGUAACAUCCCGGCUAUUUCCGUGAUGACACGAACAUCUUGACGGAAUUUGCCGAUCUAUUGCGAUUGAGUGUAUCGGGUUUUAAAGCCAAAGCAUGACCGUUCUUCGGUUGUUUUGAACGAAUGGAUUAUAGAGGUGUGCAUAUUGAAAUGUUGUGUGAUUGUAUUUUAUGAAAUCCGAUAUGGAGGUUGGAACUUCAUAAUGUCUCAUUUCAUUUUAUUCUUUGAAUGUUUAUUCCAGUCUAUAAUACCUUAUCAAGUCGACCCAUGGUUUAGUUGAAACAUUAUUUAUUCAACUGUCCAAAUAAUGUAGUUGUGUAGUAUUAACAAACAUACAUUUGUUCAUGGCGCAUGGAUUUUAAACAGGAGUGUCAAAUCUAAGCCAUCUUCUAAAUCCUGUUAGAAAAUUCAGCAUUGGUUGUACACAAACCUCAAAGUGAAUUGUAUUUGCUAUGUUGUAUAAACACAUAGUCGAAAUUUAGAUCAAUUCGAACCAUUUUGAUUUAAAUUUUAAAAACAAAAAAUAUUCAGCAAAUAUCACUGGGUGCCAAACCUGAAAAGAAUAUCUUUUUAAUAUGUGUUUUGCUGAAGACACGUUUUUGAGAAGUGACAAUGUCAUCUUAAACAUAAGCUAACAGGAAAUUAUGGGGUUUCAUUUUAUAAAAUAAUAUUUCAGUUUUCCAUCGUAACAGCUAUUUCAUUUAUGGCCGUAUCGAUCACAAUAUGCACACACAACAGGCCAAGACCUUCUGGCUGAAUAAAUAAUCCAUAUUUAAAUCAAAUUUAGUUUUAAUUUAAAAGAGUUAAAGAAUAUACAUUAAAAUUUAACGCGAUUAACAAGCAAAGUAACCACGUCUAAUCAUCAUGUAUCGAUAAAACGUUUAUAUAUAAAUGUAUGUAGAUCUAAAAUCGCCUCGACCCUAAUCAAUCAUGAUCAACGCCUAACGCCUUAUAAGUCCCGCCCUCAACCCUUUUGGGAGUCAAAACCUCAUCAUCUUAACGAUUCGUCAUAAUUUACCGAGCUCAUUUAGAAAACCGUUUUAUUUUUAUUCGAUAAUUUAUUCGAUCAUUUUCCAAAAUAAGCAAUUUUAGGGCGUUUUUAUGCAGAAUAUGGUACACAGAUUGUAUGGAGUCACUUUCGCUCUUUUUCGGUGUACAAAAAUUCAGACUAUUUUUGACCACCCGGGUAACAACAGGUCGUCGGCCUAUUUUCACAUCUGCUAUUUAGACAGAUACGUUUCUAUAAGCAGUGACAUUGCCGCGAUAUUAAAUUUAUCGGUAUAACAUGAUAAGCUUCAUAUAUAUAAUUAACGACAUUCAAGGGAGAUAAAUCGAACAUAAUCACAAGUAAAACGUGAAGAAACAAAUGUAGCAUAUACCAUAAUAAGUUUUCAAUAAUGUGCCGACUUCGUUAUACACGGGUAAAACGAUGCACUGUCGAUAUACGCAGGUAAUGUCAUAUCUGAUCCUAUAUACGCAGGUUCGAUUAUACAGGGUUCGGUAUACACAGUGAAGGCAUGCAGGGUUCAGGAUCAUAUGUUGGUACGAUCAGAACAGUGUUUGAAAUUAAGUAAAUUUUACAGGCUCGUAGUACACAGGUAAAACUGACCGUUGUACACAGGUAAAGUCAUAAAUGACUCGCUAUACACAUGUGGAAAUCUACACCAAUCGAAGAAGUUAUUCGUGUUUUUAGGAACAGCAAAAAGCUACGCUCACUUGUAUGAAUUUCGAUUGAAUUUGCUUAUCAUACUAGUUUUUAUCUCUUAAAAUAGUUUCUUGUGUCUAAAUAUACCGUUUUUUUUAGCAGACACAAUACCUAACCGUCCGUGUUGUACAGUUUCAUUUUGACUACUCUGCUAUUUGACACAAAACAGUUAGAGUGAUUUAGGAGAAAUUCCGGAAAAAUGUUCGCUGAGCGAACUUCACGUUAGUCGUGUCAGUAUUUAGUUACGCCUACAGGACGUAACACUGUAAUUAGCGAGCGAACAACUGUCUUUGUUCAUCCAUCAGAGGGCCCCAAUCAAGACAAUUAUCGUGGAGAACGGGCUCUACUUUCCUUUAACUAAACCCAAGCGGCAGAUUCUAUAAAUAGUUGUAAUAUAUAUCUGUACAGCAAGUACUAUUUGUAACACAGUUAUGUGUGAAAAAAACCCGAUUUCGGAGCAGUUGGAAAGAUAGAGGAAGAAUUUUUAUAAUGAAUAUCUUUUUUUUAUUUAUCUGAUUUUUUGCUCUUUUUUUUUUGCUUUGUUGCUCCGUUAUUCCUGUGUAUUUACCAUCGCUGUACUUUAGACUGACAGCGCGUCAAAAACGUGUGUGUGUAUGAUCUGUUAUGGCGGCUAAAAUGUUGUACAAUCUAUUUUGCACGCGCAGUGACGUGUUAACGAGAGAAAAUAACGGAAACAAGUUGUCAACGAAGUAAUCCAAACAUUCAGAGCUUCACGUGCUAAGGUUUGACCCCGAUUGGGAUUUCCACUUGUGUAUAACGAUACCAAUAUAGAGCAGUAUGAUGUCAGUACGAUAUCAGUAUAGCUUCAGUACGAUAUCAGUAUAGCUUCAGUACGAUAUCAGUAUAGCUGCAGUAUAUGUCAGUACGAUAUCAGUAUAGGAUCAGUACGAUAUCAGUAUAGCUUCAGUACGAUAUCAGUAUAGCUUCAGUACGAUAUCAGUAUAGCUGCAGUAUAUGUCAGUACGAUAUCAGUAUAGGAUCAGUACGAUAUCAGUAUAGCUUCAGUACGAUAUCAGUAUAGCUUCAGUACGGUACCAGUAUAGGACCAAUGGAGUAUCGUUAUGAUGUCAGUAUAUGAUAUUAUUGUGGAUAAAACGGAAAAGCGCUUGCCGUUUUAUUGUACGAAAACAUUUUAUGAUAAUACUGAAAAAAAACAACACCACGAUGACGUCAUACCUGUUUUACAUCAUACAUUGAUUGUGAUAUAACAUUUCCGUCUUUCGUUCCAAAUCCCAUUAGCUUAACACUUACAAUUAAAUUUAUCAAAUAUCACUACACAAAAAAUAUUUUUUGAAAUAUGGGUUGAAUAUAUAUAUAAAUAUGUAUCCGCCAAUAUCUUAUUUUGUUGAAUUGUUCAAACUAAUCAGUCCAUUGUACAUGUAUCAUUGUCCUACAAUUUUGUUCUUAGAUGUCUAGGUGACCAAAUAUAUUAACAUGAUUGCAUACGAAAGUGUUCUGUAAUUUACUGAUGUUUGUGUUCUUUGGGGAUUUUAAUUAUUUGCUAAAUAUUUUAGCAAUAUAUGUGACGAUUUGAUUGUUUUGAUAUAUAGAUGAUUUGCAUAUUACUACACAUCUCAUGAAUAUUCAUUCAGAGACAUCGAUAUAAAUAAGACAGACGUUUCCUCUGAGAAUGUAAUUCAUCUAUUUGACUUUUAAAGUCACCAUAACCUACAAAUCCCCGUUUUGAAAUAUAUGUGAUAUUUUUGUAAUAAAAAUUGUGAUAUUUUGAAAAAUAAAACAAUUGAUUUCAUGUC